CAUCCGCCCAACCUGGCUCUUAUAAAUGUGGCUGCAGAAGGUCGGUCCAGUCCAACAGUCAUCACAGGAGCUUUUCCCAGAGCCCGAACAGUGACUUGUGGUAUCUUCAGCUUUUAUCAGAAGAGACAUGGGCUUCUUCAAAUUAUCUGCUGUCUUCUUGCUCGCACUCUUGCUGUGGGAGGUGCACAGUAACAGCAUGCCAAAACUGAAUUGUCCUCCGAACAGCUCAGCUGGAGACGUUUCACCGUGUGCAAAGACCUGCGCCAACUUACAUGAGCCUCCUGCAGAAGCUUGCAUUAUGAUGGCAAUACACACCUGUAAAUGUCACGACGGAUUCCUGGCUCAGAUCGGGACUUCUGGGGAAUCUGUUCAGUGCGUUAAACCAAAAGACUGCAAUGUCCCCUGUGGUCCCAACCAGCACUAUGACCCCUGCAACUACAAAUGCCAACCAACAUGUGAAGAACAAAAAGACCGAGUCUGUACCAAAGAGUGUGCUGGAGGAUGUGUCUGUGAUAAGGGAUAUGUUCAAUCUGGAAAAAAGUGUAUGAAGCCAACAGAAUGUAAAAAAAAUUAACUCAACCCCAUCAUUCUGCAGCCAGUAUUAGGCUCUGAGAAUCAAUGGAAUUAUAUAUGUUUAAAUGUGUAUAGCAGAUGAAGCAGAGCUGAACGUGCUAUUAUGCUAUUUCUUCCAUCCACUGUGAUACUGUAAAAAUACCUGUAGUUCUAUGGAAAAUCCACAUCAUAGUAUCAUCAGCAGUUAGCAGGUUGAGCUCUGCUAGAUUCCUGAAUGUUCAUCCUCCAUCGUAUCGCUGCUUUGCUUCUGUAAACGCAAUAACUGGAUGUAUUCGAUCGCAGUCAGUGUGCGCAUUAAUGCCGCUAUAGCUCAUCUUUCCUGAUACAAUGUUACAAUAAAAGUCACCUUUAAGGAAUGA